CCUUCUCUUUUUCCUCUCUCUCGCCCUCAGCCUUAACUCCUUCCCUCCCUCCUCCCUCCUCUUUUCCUCCUUCCCAAGCACCAUUUUCUUCGCCUUUGCCAUCUGCAGGCUCCUCUCUUCCAUCCAUGACGACAUCCCCGGUGCCUUUGCCUUUCGUGCCUCCCAUGGCCCUUUCAGCGGGUGCCUCCCUUGGGACCUCGAGGCCACCCAUGAUGACACCGCCAGUCGCCUCGUCCCCUUUCACUAGCCCCCGUCCCCAGUUCUCAUCCCCUCCACCCCUGAGUUCAACUCCUGGCCCUGUGCUUUCCGCCCCUCCCACUGGUCCUCCCAUAUCAGGGUUUUCUAUGGCAUCGACCCACGACAUCACCAAAGGCCAUGCGGGACGAGCACCACAGACGCCCCUGAUGCCCUCGUUUUCUGCACCUUCAGUUACCGGUGUCUUCACCGGCCCGGCAUCACAGCAGCCCUGUGGGCCACCCCCACUGGCACCUGGCUUUGGAGCAGGCUCUUCAAUUACUUUCCCAGAGCAACACGAAGACCCCCGGGGAGCUGUUGUGCAGAGUGACGCAUCUGCUGGAGGAGGACUAUGGGGCUUUAUCAAAGGUGUGGCGGGGAAUCCUGUGGUGAAGUCCGUGCUGGAUAAAACCAAGCACUCAAUGGAGACAAUGAUCACAACUCUGGAUCCUGGCAUGGCUCCCUAUAUCAAAUCUGGGGGAGAACUGGACAUUGUAGUCACUUCUACUAAAGAAGUCAAGGUUGCUGCUGUAAGAGAAGCUUUUCAGGAAGUGUUUGGAAUGGCCACAGUUACAGGAGAAGCUGGGCAGUCCAACAUUGCGCCACAGCCAGUUGGCUACGCAGCUGGAUUGAAGGGAGCUCAAGAAAGGAUUGACAGCUUGCGCAGGACAGGAGUCAUUCAUGAGAAGCAGCCUGCCGUGUCUGUGGAAAAUUUCAUUGCGGAAUUGCUUCCUGACAAGUGGUUUGAUAUUGGCUGCCUAAUUGUCGAGGAUCCCAUCCAUGGCAUUCACCUCGAAACAUUUACACAGGCAACGCCAGUGCCUUUGGAAUAUGUACAACAGGCUCAAAGUCUAACUCCUCAGGAUUAUAACCUAAGAUGGUCAGGUUUGUUGGUGACAGUGGGGGAAGUGAUAGAGAAGCAAUUACUGCACGUCAACAGAACGGAUUGGCACUCUGCAUUCACUGGCAUGUCCCGACGACAGAUGAUCUACAGUACAGCCAAAGCUAUUGCAGGAUGUACAAGCAGCGUUUACCACCCAGGAGCAUUUGAGAGGAAACAGACUCUGAACGCGACGCAUUCCUUAAAAACUGGUGUUGAAAAGAAAUGGUUGCAUCUGUUCCAUGGCCCUCUGUUGAUGCCCCUCGGUUUUGUAAUCUACAUAUAAAAUGUAAUUUUGUUUUAAAAGUGAAGGUUUCAUUUCAAACACUAAAUCAGGGAUGGGAAUCCUGAUGCUGUUGGACUCCAAACUCCCAUCAGCCCCGGCAGACAGCAUGGCCAGGAGUCAGGGAUGAUGGGAGUUGCAGUCCAGAAACAACCGGAGGCCCCUCUCCAACAUG